UUCUUUCCCUCGAUCACUUUCCAACGUCCUUCGCCGCCACGCUCCUACUUGUCCAUCGGCAGGUUUCUUCCAUCAAUACAGGACCGGAAGUGGCGAUUCAGAGCAUGAGCACGCCCGCACUUCGCGCCGUGUCACUGCGAGCUGGCGGCGGCGUUGCGAGAAGCUUUCCAGCAUCUGCACACACAUCACAGCAUGGCCGCACCGCCGCCUAUCGACGGAUAGGGGACACUUUCAGGCAAUACAGCGAAGCCUCUCUGCGAUCCCGACAACAUGGGCAUUCGCUAUCAUCGCCUCCUUUGGCAUUGCGAUCGCAUUUCCUCCCGUCCACUAUUACGGCAUCUCCUGCCAGUUCGGUGCGACACGUGAGUUUCAAGGAAUUGCGAGAGCAGCGGGCGAAGGAGAAGGCAGCGGGUGGCCAGAAGGCAGCGAGUGAUCAGAAGACGGAUAAAGCUUCUGCGCCCGCGCAAGAGCCUCAACCAGAGACCAAGAAGGCCGCCGAGCCCGAAUUCUCUGCUGCGGACGAGGCAUUUGCACAGUUCAAGGCGCAAGCCGACAAGGAAUGGACCGCACGGCAAAAGGCAGCGGAGCAGGAAGAGGAGCAGCCUAAGGACAAAGAGAAUGCCGAGGAAAGAGCUGAGGGCGAGCAGAAGGACAAGAAAAAGAAGGAUGAUGCGCCUCCGCCGCCGCCCCAUGGCGGCAAGACCCCUUGGCAAGUUUUCACUGAGACAUUACAGCAGGAAUUCAAAGCUAGUAAAGAGUGGAAUGAGAGCACCAAGCAGCUUGGAGGAACCAUUCACGAUUUCACACAGAACCCGAACGUUCAACGAGCGAAGAGUGCAUAUAGCAAAGCCGCUGAGGCUGCUACUUCCACGACCGGGAAGGCUUUGUUUGGUACCGCAAGUGCAAUCGGAAAGGGAGCCGCAUGGACUUGGGACACACCUGUAGCGAAGGUUGUGCGCAAGGGAGCGGCUGCGGUGGGUUCAGGAGUGGAUAAGGCAACGAAACCGAUUCGAGAAACCAAAACAUUCAAAGAUGUGAAGGAUGUAAUCGACGAUGGCGCAUCAUCACGAUACGGUGGUUGGGUUGAAAAGGAGGAACGGCGGCGACGUCGCGAGGAACGGGACCUCAAGAUGGGAUUUGAUCCCAACAGGGUCGCCGAGCCAAUGGAGGAGGACCCCAACGCCGGCACAAACGUGACUGUGCACAAGGAUGCCGCGUGGAAAGAGGCUUGGAAGAAUUUCCGCGACAACAGCGGUAUUGGGAAGCGCUUCGCCACCUUUGGAUCCGUAUAUCGAGAGUCUGAAAAUCCGCUGAUCAGCACGGCGCGAAGUGUUUCGGAUCGCAUCGCUGGUUUCUUCGCGGAGAACGAGACUGCCAUGGUCAUUAAGAAAUUCCGCGAGAUGGAUCCUAACUUCCAACUCGAUCCCUUCCUCAAUGAGAUGCGCAACUACAUUCUCCCGGAGGUCCUCGAGGCAUAUGUCAAAGGAGACGUAGAAACACUGAAGCUGUGGCUAUCUGCUGCACAGUUUCAGGUAUACCAUGCUCUGAUGCAGCAAUAUACGACAGCCGGUCUCAAGUCAGAUGGCAAAAUCUUGGACAUCCGAGGUGUUGAUAUACUUUCCGCGAGGAUUUUAGACCCUGGCGAGAUUCCGGUCUUCGUCCUCAUGUGCAGAACGCAGGAAGUGCACGUGUAUCGCAAUGCUAAGAGCGGAGAACUGGCAGCUGGCAUGGAGGACAAAGUCCAGCAAGUCACUUAUGCGAUCGGCGUCACCAGAAUACCUGAGGAGGUCAGCAAUCCUGAAACCAGAGGCUGGAAGUUCAUUGAAAUGCAAAAGAGUGCUAGAGAUUACCUCUGAGCAGCGGAAAUCUGGACCAUGCGAUUAUCUUCGCCAUUUGUACCAUUAUCGCCCUCUUGGGAGUGGCAUAUCCCGGCAAAAGUCAUUGCAGACCUUGUCCGUGGCACAUGGACUGCGACAUUUCUCCCUUCCGCCAUGUUCGUUCCGGCUUCUGUGCAUCUAUCCGGCGUUCUGGUUCUCUGGAAAGGCCACCUUGCGCCAGCAUUUCACGGAGUGUACCAUCAUCGUGUACAGAAUUACUCGCAUUACAUCGAGGCUGUGGCAUCUGACGUGGCUGCAACGAACAUCGAACGAGCCCCCACUGGCCUUGAACCGACCAUAUAAUGCAUAAAUUAACAUUCGGCAGAAGGAAGCUGCCCGUCAACACCGCCCCACUCUUGUAUGACAUGUAUAGUAAAGAAACCAAGAUUCAUGAACUGUUC